GGCUGCCAGCACAUGCGUCCCUGUGACUCCAGAGAACCCAUUGAAAAGCGGGUCGAGUGUUUAGACCGUCGUUGCACUGGAGAAACGUGGGGUAUCUCUGGAAUUCUGGUUGCAUAAGUUGCCUCGAGCUGCCUGGUUUUCCCUCUCGGCGUCUCGAAUCUCUUGCCAGAAUCCGUUUCAGCCAUGCACUGCGGUAAAAUCUCCGAAAUCCACUGCCAAUGGUGCAUACUGGAGCUGGCCCCGAGUGCCCCUCGCCACGUUCCUAUCUGUAACCCGCCAAUUGAUGAGUGAUUGGAACUCGGGGGUGGCCCCGUAGAAUUGUUCACCCCUCGCUAAACACGUAAUCAGGACGGUGCCUCGCUAUAUAUACUCCGCGGGCACUACAAGCAUCAUGUAACAACACUUAUCAUACUCACAUUACAUCACAUCACGUCGUCACCAUGGACGUUUUUCAAAAAAAGCCCCAGAACAUUGCCAUUCACACAAGCCCUUCCCACGACCUCCGGGUGGCUGACUGUGAAGUGCCUAAGCUUGGUGCGGAUGAGUGUCUAGUCCACGUCCGCGCAACAGGCAUCUGCGGAUCUGAUGUUCAUUUCUGGAAGCACGGCCGGAUCGGCCCCAUGAUUGUGACGGGAGACAACGGCCUGGGGCAUGAAAGUGCCGGUAUCGUCCUGCAGGUCGGUGACGCGGUAACCCGCUUCAAGCCCGGCGAUCGGGUAGCUAUGGAAUGUGGCGUUCCCUGCUCAAAGCCGACUUGCGACUUCUGUCGUACGGGCAAGUACCACGCUUGCCCGGAUGUGGUCUUCUUCUCUACACCUCCCCACCAUGGUACCCUGAGAAGGUACCACGCUCAUCCAGAGGCUUGGCUUCAUCAUCUCCCCGACCACGUAUCCUUCGAGGAAGGAGCUCUCCUUGAGCCUCUCACUGUUGCACUGGCCGGUAUUGAUCGCUCAGGACUUCGCCUGGCCGAUCCUCUUGUCAUUUGCGGUGCUGGCCCCAUUGGGCUUGUCACCCUGCUGGCGGCCAACGCAGCGGGUGCGGCGCCGAUUGUUAUCACAGAUAUUGACGAGAACCGUCUUGCCAAGGCAAAGGAGCUCGUGCCCCGUGUACAACCUAUUCUAGUCCAGAAGCAGGAAACCUCACAAGAUCUAGGUGCUCGUAUUGUCAAGGAGCUCGGACAGGAGGCGAAGCUGGUCCUUGAAUGUACCGGUGUGGAGAGCAGUGUCCAUGCAGGAAUAUACGCCACUCGUUUCGGAGGUAUGGUUUUCGUCAUUGGUGUCGGAAAGGAUUUCCAAAAUAUCCCCUUCAUGCACAUGUCGGCCAAGGAGAUCGAUCUGCGGUUCCAGUACCGCUACCAUGACAUCUAUCCCAAGUCAAUUGCCUUGGUAAAUGCCGGGCUCAUCGAUCUGAAGCCAUUGGUGUCACACCGAUACAAGCUGGAGGAGGGACUUGAGGCAUUUGCUACCGCUAGCAACCCUGCUGCCCGAGCUAUUAAGGUACAGAUUAUAGAUGAAUAGAUAAAAGUGUCAUAUAAGGAAAAUAAAGCUUGAAUUAUAACAUAUGUU